GCGAGUUUACUGAGAGGACUUGUUGCUGCUACCGUUGGGUCCCUCGCUAUCACCAUGUUGUUGCAGAAACUGCUUGUUUUAGCCGCAGUUGCACUUUCCUAUGUGCAAGCUGCUCCAUCGAUAUCCAUAGGAGACUCGAACUGCGAUGUUUACUGCAAUUUGGAAAUGCCUGGCGUCGAGAGUGUUGUGCUCCGAGUCGGUGACAGAAUCACGCCGUUGGCCAUUGAUCCUUGCGCCGCGUACGUCUGUGGGAACGACGGUCAGAUGCGGGUUGAAGUCGAGACUUGUGCGACUGUGGAGGUUUGCGCAGACGGAAAACCUCCCUACUGGGUCCCUGGGACAUGCUGCAAAGGCUGCAUGUACAGCACAGUUGCAUCUUUUGGACUACAACCAGAAACAGUGGAGGUGAUAGAGGCCAAUGAUACAGACAAACCAAUUGCCAACCCACCAAACACCUGGAGCGCAUGGACGAGCUGGACAGAGUGUGGAGUCUCAUGCGGCGGAGGACGGCAGAGCAGGACACGGGAGUGCAAGACCCAGGGAGCUAGGGUGCUCGACUGCACCGGAUUGGCCGUCGAAAUAAGAGACUGCAACACUCAUCAUUGCCCAAUUGAUGGUGGCUGGACAGAAUGGACAGAGUUCAACAUAUGCAGCACCACAUGUGACAACGGAACGCAGACGAGGACGCGCUCGUGCACUAACCCGGUCCCUCAGUACAACGGGAGUGACUGCGAGGGCCCGCACACGGAGAGCAAGGCCUGCUUCCUGGAGCACUGUCCAGUCGACUGUGAGUGGCUGCCGUGGACCGAAUGGAGUGACUGCUCGCAUGUGUGUGGCGGAGGGAUUCAGAGCCGAUCUCGCGAGUUUCUGGCUGAAAUGUACGGAGGAAAGCCGUGCGAGGGAGACACUUCGGAAGUGCAGGCUUGCAACGAACACCACUGCCCGAUUCACGGUGGUUGGAAUGUGUGGUCACAGUGGUCUGACUGCACCACUACCUGCGGCGAGGGGAUCCCAAGACAGGUCCAGGGAGUGCAACAACCCUCCUCCACAGUACGGUGGAGACGACUGCCCUGGAGAGCCCACCGACACUCGGCAGUGCCCGGGACUCCCGCCGUGCCCCGUGGACUGCGUCUGGGACCAGUGGUCACCCUGGACCGAGUGCUCCCUCAGCUGUGCCAACGGGACGCAGUAUAGAACGAGGACUUUUUGAACCCGCCGAGCACGGGGGGAGAGAGUGCGAGGGACCGUCAGAGGAAUCCCAACUCUGCAACACCCAACGCUGUCCAGACCCUUGCCUGGACCCCGAGGUGUACCCGUGUUUCAGCAAGGCUGUGGUGUGUACUAAAGUGACAGACACAGAGUUCCAGUGUGGAGACUGUCCCCGAGGAAUGGAGGGAAACGGCACUCACUGCACUGCUGUCAAUGAGUGUGACAUAGCUGAUCCCAUGCUUCCCCGGCGCCGAGUGCACUGAUCACGAUGAUGGCUACACAUGUCUCGAAUGUCCCCCUGGCUUCACCGGAGAUACCGUCAGAGGAUACGACCUGCAAGAUGCCAACACUCUACAACAGGUGUGUUUGGACGUGAACGAAUGUGAACUGGUGGCAAAUGGAGGCUGUGACGAACAAAGAGACUGCAUCAACACUGAGGGCAGUUUCGAGUGCGGUCCCUGCUCAGAGGGCUACGUGGAACAAGGACCCCUCCACUGCGUCCUGUCCGACCCAUGUGCCGCGGGAGUCCACGACUGCGAGCGAGUCGAAUACUGCUUCAACCCGACACCGGGAGAAUUCUACUGCGAAUGUCCCAUUGGGAUGUUUGGUAACGGUAGACAAUGUGCUGCUGAUGACGAUCUCGAUGGCAUUCCUAAUACGCUCCUCACCAUCGGCUGCGACAACCUUCCCUGUCCACUGGACAACUGCCCUGGGGUCCCUAACGGUGGUCAGAGGGAUGUGGACGGCGAUGGCAUUGGAGACGCCUGUGACAGUGAUAAUGACAACGAUGGAAUCGAAGAUGAAUUUGACAAUUGUGCAUUUGUUAAUAACCUGAACCAGAACGACGUGGACAGAGAUGGAGUAGGAGAUCUCUGUGACACGUGUCUCUUCUCCUCCAACCCCAACCAGGGAGAUUUGGACGGAGACGGAAACGGGGACUCGUGUGACCCGGACAUCGACGGAGACACGGUCAUCAACAGCCAAGACAACUGUCCCCACAUCUACAACCCCACGCAGCGCGACUCGGACCGAGACCUGAUCGGGGACACUUGCGACAACUGCAAGCGGACGAGAAACCCUAAUCAGAAUGACAAUGAUGCAGACGGAGUUGGUAAUCCGUGUGACAGAGGUAGAGAUCGGGACAGGGAUGGGAUCAAGGACAGUGCAGACAACUGCCAGUCAGACAUCAACUCAGAUCAACUCAAUCAUGAUAACGAUUCGUACGGCGACGCUUGUGAUACGGACGACGAUAAUGACGGCGUUCUGGACACUGUGGAUAAUUGUCCUCUGGUGGCAAAUCCGGACCAAAUGGACAGCAAUGCUGACGGAAAGGGGGACACCUGUGAUGAGGAUUACGAUGGAGAUGGUGUUGGAGACUCUGCAGACGUGUGUCCACGUAACGGCAAGAUCAGCAAGACCUCGUUCUUUGCAGGCAUUCCGAUAAAGCUCGACAAGCGGGAGCAGACACCUCUGUGGGACUACAUUGACGAGACGGAGCUGGUCCAGAGACUCAACUCUGGCCCCGGUUUCCUCCUCAGUCGAGACAGCUUCACCAGCUUCGAGUUCACGGGCACCUUCUUCGUGGACGCCACGGUCGACAACGACUACUUUGGACUCGUCUACAACUACUACAGCAACAGGAAAUUCAUGGUGGCCGGGUGGAAGAAGAGCAACGAUGCACCCUAUUGGACGCCGAACAGACCGGAGUACGAGACGCAGGGAGGCAUGCAGAUUAGAGUCUUUGAUUCCAACAGUGGCCCGUCCGGCAGGGAUUUCAAGAUGGCGCUCUGGAACUCCAACAAUGUCACGCAGAACCAGGCAAAGACAUUGUGGAAGGACCCUAAACAGACGGGCUGGGAGCACAGGACCUCGUAUCGCUGGAACCUUCAGUAUUCUGCAGUCAGCAAGUGUUCAAGAAUAAGGAUCCACAGUGGAAGUCGGACACUCGUAGACAGCGGGUGUCAGUGCAAUCCGUCAACGUCGGGCCCCAUUCACGGCGGAAAGCUCGGUCUCUACGUUUUCUCUCAGCCCAUGGUCAUCUUCUCGGGCAUGAAGUACAAGUGUCUCGACGACACGCAACAGAACGGAAUGUCACAGUGUAGUCUUCAACAGCAAUAACACUGUGUAGAUUGUGGUGUGAAUGUGGUGUGUGUGUGUGUGUGUGUGUGUGUGUUCGCGUUCACUGUAUAUAUGUGUUGAGUUUGUCUCUGCUAUGAUCGAUCACCCUUUUGUUUUCUUCAGCCUGUCUAUAAUAUGCACACCAGUGAAUCAUAAACCGCAUUUCUUUAUUCUUUUUUAUUUUAGCAGGACUCAUUUGCAUCUCCAUAUUUUUUCUGAAUUCUCUAUAUGCCCAAAAAUGGCCAUAAAUUUUUUCUUUGUUCCUGCAUAAUGUUAUCAUAUCACCCAACAAAUCAUUUUCAGCAAACCUGUAAUUAUAUCUGAGAGAAUUCCGAAAUGCUCAUAAGCAGAAUGAAUAUAAUGCGGCGAUGAUAACAAAUAUUCAAUUGAGAAAGGUUUUACGCAUGUGAUGACGACUGCAGUAAAAUCUUCCUAGGAACCGUUGGUAGCACUGGUGUUAAGUUUGUU